AUGUCACUACCUCCGAUGCAACUACCUCUGGUGCAAUUAGUAUCAGUCAAGAAAUGGAGGAGACCUGCAUCAUCAAGCAACUAUGAUUCCUAUAAGAAUAAUUAUGGAGGACAGUCCUCUGCAUUCUGUGCUCAAAUGGAAAAAUUACGACUUGGUAAAUGUCUAUGGAAAUUUUCAUUUUCAUUGCAACUUACAUGGUAG